AUGUUUAGCCAGCGAAAUUCUGUCUACACUCCCUGGCCAAAGUCUGAAGAAUUUUCGAAAUGUUCUCAUUGUUUAAACACUUAUUUCACAAUGUCUUCUUCUCGGCAUAUUUACUAUGUCGCUCGUGAAAUGUUUCCCGCCUGUCUUUUGGCAGGUGUUGGAAUGGUAGUUGCGGGAUGUUAUAUUGAUAUGCUGAAGUCCUCCGGCACUUUAACUUCGAAAGAGGAAAGUAUUUUUGAGAUCAUUCCACCAAUUCUUGGACUGAAAGGAAAUUUAGAAGUUGCUCUUUCCUCUCGAUUAGCUACUGUGGUUCAUUUUCGAAGAAAGCUUAACGAACUAUCUUUCUGGUUGUUCACAACUACUCUGGCUUUUAUACUUGUUCUUGCUGUGUUUGCAAGCACAGUUAUACCUUUAGUGGUAAUAACGUUACAUAAAUCAUCGGGUACAUCUCAUUUCCCUGUUGAUCUUGUUCAUCUUAUCUGCAUUUCAUCAAUGACUUGCAUUUGUGCCACGUGUUUUAUAGGCGUUGUUGUUUACGCAAUAGUAUGUGCUUGCGUCUUUUGCGGAGCGAAUCCUGAUAAUGUUGCUCCACCCGCAGCCGCCGCUUUGGGUGAUCUUGUGACUGUUUUGAUUAUUUCACAUGUGAACUAUUACUUUAUCGUGCAUCCAACUUUGACUGUCACCGUUGCCGUGUGCAUGAUUUCUGUGGGUCUUAUUUUGAGUAUAUCUUAUUUAUUAUAUUAUUCAAAUGUCAACGUAUCUGGUGAUCUUCUCAGUCUUAUUAUUACACCUAAUACUUUUAAAGAAACUAUCAUUCCUUUAACUCUUGCAAUUAUCAUGAGUAGCAUUUGUGGGAAUAUAUCCGCCCGAUUUCUGAUGGAUUGGCCCAUUAUUGCGCGCCUUCAAGUCCCAAUAAAUGGUGUGGGGGGGAUUUUUGGUUCAAUGUUAAUUAGCAGAAUGACAACACGCCUGCAUUCAAUAACUUGUUCAAAAAAGCCUCCUCUGAAGGAGUCGUUCAUUGUUUCUCCAACAUCUGGUCUAGUCACAGUUGAAAAAGUCAACACUGUGAACUCUGAUAGAAAAUCUACAACUCAUGAUUCACAUUUCUACACAUCAUCUCAGUCAUUCGAAACAUUGGGAUCCUGUAGAAAAGUACUUGAAAUUCAUACUGAUGUUUCACGGGUAUCUAAACUUAUCAGAUUCCUGUGUGUCCCGUUACAUUUUACCUUAACUUUAGUCAGUUUAACUGUCAGUUAUUAUUUAAAACAGGAUAAUUCUCCAAAGAUCACAUCACCUCUGCAGUUUGACAUUUUAUUUCCUUACCUCAUUGCUGGAUUCAUACAGAUAUGCAUACUUCUCGAGUUUGCAAAAUGGAUUGUUUUAAAACUUUGGAAACAUUUACAUUCUACAAAACAUUUAAACUCUCAUGAUAAUGUUAUAUCCUUAGCAUCAAUUGAUUUCUCCGCUAUAGCUGUCACUACCGGUGCAGGUGAUCUGAUUGGAACAAGUUUAUUCAUUCUAUUUCUAUCUAUUAGUAAAUGGAUUAUAAGCGGUUGA